AUGCGACAACCUGCUGGCAUUAUCAAUAAAUGGAAAGCAAAAUCCAGGGGCUGGGUGCAACGCAUGCUGGACGCCAUCGCACGGGUUGCACACUCCUAUUAUGAGACCUUAUAUGCAACAAGUGGGGCACCAAACGGAUCUCUGAUGAACGAAAGAGGGGAUGUCAUCCGACAAUACCUGGAAGCCAACAUACACACCACACUGGAGGCGGAGGCACUAGAGGCGCUCGAGGCUCCCCUUUCCAACGAAGAACUGGCAGAAGCCAAUGUGAGUGGGAAUUUCCAAUUUCAAUGGUCAGAGAGAGCUAUUAAGUACCUAGGGAUCUGGAUAACUAGAGACAUCACACCACUGUACGAGACAAAUUUUAUUCGGAUGAUUUCCACGAUAUAGAAAAACCAGGCAGGUUGGAUGCUGCCGUAUAUAUCCUGACUGGGACGCAUCGCAGUGACCAAGAUGAACAUUCUACCACGCAUCCUCUACCAGUUCCAGACUCUCCCCAUCAAGAUCCCGACUGUGUACUUCACAUCCCUAAGAUCACUUUAAUUAAAAUACAUAUGGGGCUCGCAGAAACCCAGAAUACAUUAUCAAAUUCUGACCAAACCAAAAGUGGAGGGGGGUCUGGUGGUCCCUGACUUGCUACUGUAUUACUACUCCACCCACCUACAAAGAGUUCUAGACUGGGUCAAGGGAGGGGUAACCAAAUUAUGGAAGGACAUUGAGCAAUGCCAAACAGGCAGCUCCUUGCAAGCCCUAGUUUGGAUGACACAGGGAGAGUGUUAAGGUGUUAAUGAGCCAACAGUCGUGUGUCAGGGCGACACUCGAAAACUGGCACCAAUUGGCCCCCAAAACAGGCCUAUCAUUCUUCCUGUCCCAUCUGUAUCCCCUCACUAUUAACCCUGACUUCCCACUGGGCUUGGGGUCCAGACCAUACGCAGCCUUUUUCCCCACACGCACAGGUUCAGGCCUGCCACAUGAUUAAAGGGAAAAGACUCAAGACCUCAGAGAAUCUUCUGGAGGACAUCUCAGGAACAUUCAUACCGCAGUGGAGGGGUUGGAGAGGAUGGUGGAGGUUUGUGCCAGGUGAGGGGACAGGCCCUGGUUCACUGAUGAUAGGAAGCCAACAACUAGAUAGGAUGCUGAAGCGGGUUAAGCAGUUGAUCUGCCGACCAACAUAG